AUGGCUUCUUCUCAGUGCUACAAAACCUCUGAACAAAGCUGCCAACAGAAAACCCACCACCACCAGCAACAUAGCUCAAUCGGACAGAAGGUGACCGACUUGUUCAAAGGACACCACAAUGAUGGAACACAAACCAAAACCGAAUACUAUAGCGAGACAGAUGUGAUUUAUCAACCAGGAUAUGUUGCCAAAAAUCAAAGCAACACAUGCAACGGAACACGCCACAAUCACGCUGCCACUGGCACCACUGUUGUUACUGCUACCACUGCGGCAAAAUACCAAAGGAGAAACAGGAAAGAGAAGAGAAACAUGUUCCAGAAGAUCAAGGAUGGCAUAUCAGGUCACAGCAGUGACAGUGGCAGUAGCAGUGAUGAGUGUGACAGUGACAAUGAGAACCGUCGCCACAGGAAGGCAAAACUGCAACUGAGGAGCAGAUGUACCAAAAAUAAUAAAUUGGAGUUUGGGAAUCGAAAUUUGCAGCUCAAAGUACAAAUUAAUAUGUGUGGUGAUUGUGUGCAAGUAUGA